GAUGUCGCAGCUGUUUGGUGCUCUGCUUUUUCUCCUUGUGAUGUCACCUUCAGUUCCUCUCUUCUGCUACACAUGUGUGUUUCCCACCAUCUCGCCACUGGACUGCAUCAACUUCCCUCUCAUAUGUCCCGCCGGCCAAGUCUGCCUAACCAGCAGAGCCGUGGGCCAGAAGGGAGAAUUCUGCGUGGUGCUGUACGAGAGGAGCUGCAUCCAGCCCGUCCUGUGCGGUGUGACAGGUCAAAGGUCCAUCAUGGGACUCAAUUUCACCUUCACCAACGAAUGUUGCAACACGCACCUGUGCAACGGAGCCACUGCUACCUCCAACACUGUUGCUGAAGAGAGCCAAAACUAA